AUGUCCGCGUUUGUUGCUAAGGCAGAAGAAAUGGUUAAAUCACACCCAUAUUUCCAACUGUCCGCAAGUUGGUGUCCUGACUGUAUCUAUGCUAACUCCAUUUGGGAAAAGUUUGACGUAAAUGACAAAGUAUUCGUUUUUGAUAUUGGUUCUCUUCCAAGAAACGAACAGGAAAAAUGGAGGGUUGCGUUCAAAAAAGUUAUUGGUAGCAGAAACUUACCAACCAUUGUCGUAAAUGGUAAGUUCUGGGGUACCGAGAGUCAAUUGCAUAGAUUUGAAACCAAUGGUACCCUUGGAGAGGAAUUGACCAAAAUUGGCCUUUUGCCUUAA